AGCAAACAAAAUGAGAUAAAAUGAAAGUGAACACUACACCGACAUUAGCACAUUUAUAUUUGCACUAAAAUCAUAUGUCACUGUCUCAUCUUUCCUCUUUUCUUCAUCCAAAAUUUUGAAUAAAUUCAAUAGAAUUUUAAUUCACCUCACUUUCAAGGACUUAUUCAAAUCAUUCAAGCAAUUCAACUGUUUAUUCAAAAUAACAUCAAUUCAUUAAAGCAAUUUUUUUCCGAACAGCCUAGUUGUAAAUAGUCUUAGUAGUUUUCUAGCGUGAAGGAAGUUCCUUUGGCAAGUUGUUUAUUCUCCCCAUAUUGUUUUUUUUUGGCUUUUUGUUCUUCGUUAAGCAAUGGCCGAUGGAUUGCGAUUGAUCUUCGUCCUUGUAUUAUAUGUAUUACUCUCAGGAAUAACUUCGAAGAAUGUUACCAUAGAGAACAAAUGCGACUUCACUGUCUGGCCUGGAAUCCUAACAACCAACGGUCCAGUUUCCACCACCACCACCGGCUUUGUUCUCAAGAAAGGAGAAGCGCGUGUCAUCAACGCGUCGUCAUGGGUAGCUUAUUACUAUGUCUGGGGUAGGCGAUUUUGCUCCACCAACUCAAGCGGAAGUUUCUCCUGCAUGAUCGGAGACUGCGGCUCUGGAAAAAUCGAGUGCUCCGGAGGCUAUUAUACUCCUCCGGUAACUCUAGCCCAGUUUCGGCUCGGGUAUACCGAUGGUAAAGACCGACAUCUUGUAUCAGUCGCCAAGGGUUACAACCUUCCAAUGCGGGUUGUCCCACUCCCACAGGGCAACGAGACGUGCAGCAGCAAUGAAUGCAUUGUCGAUUUGAACACGACCUGUCCACCCGAGCUGAGGGUGACAAGUAACACCAGCUUGAGGCAGACAGUCGCAUGCAUGAGCGGAUGUCAGAAGUUAGACAUGCCCGAGUAUUGCUGUUCCGGCCCUUACGCAAACGACAAGUGCAUGCCGACGCUAUAUUCGCAGAACUUCAAGAGCGCGUGCCCGCACGCUUCUACUAUCAACUUUGAAGAUAAUAGCUACGUCGCAUGCGCAAAUACCACUAACUAUGUCAUCACUUUUUGUCCGUCGACUAGUCUAAACAACACCAAUAGUUCAGUGGCAGUGGCUGACUCUCCAUCGCCAGCUCAAACACAAACAAAAAGUGGAACUCUUGAACCUCCCUCAGAGUCGCAACAAACAGACGAAGCUACCACAGGAGAAAUAAAAAAGUCAUCAAGGAAAUUAAAACUCGUACUCGGUACCAUAUCGCUAAUCCACGUGCCAAGAUUAUGCUCUCUUAUUGCAGGAAUUUCAGCAUCUUUAGCUGUGAUGAUCAUUAUUAUGGGCGUGCUAACAGUGAGAGCAAAGAAUGCGAGGAAAAGUGAUUGGAAUGGCGAAAACUUUGAAACUGUUGUAAUGUUGAAACGGUAUAGUUACGCAAGGGUCAGGAAGAUGACAAACUCAUUUGCACAUGUUCUCGGGAAAGGAGGAUUUGGAACUGUUUAUAAAGGAAAGUUGCCUGAAGGAAAGGAAGAUGUUGCAGUGAAGAUCUUGAAAGAGUCAAAAGAAAAUGGAGAAGAGUUUAUCAACGAAGUAGCUAGCAUAAGUAGAACAUCUCAUGUUAAUAUUGUUUCUUUGCUUGGAUUCUGUUAUGAAGGAAACAAGAGGGCAAUAAUCUACGAGUUCAUGCCGAAUGGAUCCCUCGACAAGUUUAUUUCCAAUAAUAUGUCAACAAAGAUGGAAUGGGAAACGUUAUCUGACAUUGCGGUGGGUGUCUCUCGUGGCCUAGAGUAUUUGCACAAUCGUUGUGCGUCAAGGAUUGUGCAUUUCGAUAUAAAGCCGCAAAACAUACUCAUGGACAAAGAUCUUUGCCCCAAAAUUUCAGAUUUCGGCCUUGCUAAGAUCUGUAAAAAUAAAGAGAGCAUCAUGUCAGUGCUAGAAGCGAGAGGGACAGCAGGAUACAUUGCUCCAGAAGUGUUUUUACCAAAUUAUGGAGGAGUUUCGCAUAAGUCAGAUGUGUAUAGUUAUGGAAUGGUGGUUCUUGAGAUGAUUGGAGCAAGGAGUAGAGAACAGUUUGAAAUUUCUGGAUCCAACAAUACCUCAAUGUACUUUCCGGAUUGGAUCUAUAGGGAUUUUGAGAGGGGAGAAAUCAUGAGGAUUUUUGGAGAUCAGAUAACCGAAGAAGAAGAAAAAAUUGCGAAGAAAAUGGUACUGGUUGGUCUAUGGUGUAUUCAAACCAAUCCAUCUCAUCGUCCAUCAAUGAUCAAAGUCAUUGAAAUGUUAGAGGGAAGUCUCGAAGCUCUCCAGAUUCCACCUAAACCUCUUUUGUGUUUACCAGCGGCAAUAGAUCCUGAAACUCUCGAAGAUAGUUAUGAGACUUCAAACUUCUCGAACCCAAGUGAGUUUGAAAGGUCCUCUUAAACUAAAGUCAUCAGGAGAGUGGAUCUCGUGAAACUCCACAAUAAAUGGAGGUAUUCUUCUCGGUUGUAUUUAUCAAAUUCUAACUUGAUUACGUUGAUUCAAUUCUUAUGAGAAGGGUUUUUUUGAUGCAGUCACCCGACAUCUUUGGUUGAUGUGCAUAAAGAUUGAAGAACGGUACGAGUGACUCUGGAACAAAACGAUGUGAAUUUAAACUCCUUAAGACUAAGCUUUGUAAGAGCCAGUGGCUGUCACUGUCUAAUGAUUUAUAGUGUCCCGAACCAAAUUUAAAAAUAUGCCCUUGUGCAUAUUUAAACAAAAUCACAAAAACAAUAUAAAAACAAAAUUUCAUAAAAAUCAAAUCCAUAAACUGUUUAUGAAAAACUAGUUAUUUAGGACACUUAUUAUUCAAAUAUACCUCUUCUUUCAUUUUUUCCUCCAAAAGCAUCUAUUAAACUCGUAAAGUUGUGGAAGUACUGUAGUCUAGUGGUUAAGAUUUAAAGGCUUCUACAUCCAUGUCUAGGGUUCGAACUCCACGCCAUGCAAUUUCUUAUAGAUAAAUCCAGGUUUCAAGUCCCGAAAAAAAUAUUUUAUUAAACAAUUAUACAGAUUACGGAAGAAAGACUUACAAAAGAUGUACAACAUGGUGCAAGUUAAAUCUGGUCAUGCGUGGAUCUUCAUAGGAUGGCUCAGGUGAUGCAAUUAGGCGUAGAUCUCAUAAAGCAGGUAGUAUUAUCAGUUGUCAAAUCGUCUAUAUAAUCUUUCUCAUAUCAUAACUGUAAUAUCAUAAUGAAUCAGCGUUAAAAAAAGCAAAUCUUUUGAUAAAAAAACUCAUAGAGUCAAAUCUUUUAGAUGUAUUCGUCUCAAUUAAUAACAUAGCCAACCCAUUUAACUUCUCUUGUGACAUGGUAUAUCACAAGUAAUUCUUUAUCAGUUUCAACUUCGAAAAACUUCUUCCAGCUGUAACAUCUAAUAUCGGAAUGGUCAACAAGCCUCCAUUUUUCCAAAAAAAUAAGUAUUUCGAUAGACUUUCGAACUUUCAAAAGUAUUGAUUCUAAAAAUCAUUAGUUCCAUAGAUAAGUUACCACCAAAUAUGUGUGAAGGCAUACCAUUCCUUAAGGAAGCUUCCAUAUUCAAAUAUGAUGUAUGCAAACAUGGAUCACUUGCAUCUAAUUUUUUUAAUCAAACAAAAUCCAAAAAAAAAAAUUUCAUAUCUUUCGAAUUGUUCAAAUCUGGAAUUAAGAGAAACUUGAGCUUGAUUUAUGUGUAUGUUUAUUCAAUCCUGAAGUUCUCCUUUAGUGAUAAUAACACAUUUCCAGCUAGAUGUAAAAAGAUAACUUGGAACAAGGGGAAAAAUGUUUUAUGACUAACUUUUUAUCAGACUUUUAACUUUAAUUUUAAUUUAAAAUAGAAACUAGAGAAAUUAGUAAUCCUACCAAAGAUCUUUUCCAUAAUUAACUACAUAACAAUGACAACUAUAUUGUCACUGUGAAUAAAUAAUUGUGACUCUGCUGCCCCUACUCCCCCAAAAUGAACUAUACUUUUUUAUAGACAAAAUAUUGUGGAUAGAUCUUACAUCCUGCACUCAUAUCUUUUUGUAAAGUCAGAUCAAAGUGAGUUCUCUCUUUUACCUAUUAUCAAACUUUUUGAAAUUCAAAUCAUUCUCUUUCUCUCUCUAUUCUUCACUCAUAUGGACUCCACAAUCCCUUAUCCAUGGAAGUCUCUCUCCACCACUUCUCUCUUCUUUAUGAGUUUCACGCCGUCGUGGCGUUUCACCUUCUGAAAAACACUCGUGCUUCGCCGGAAAAUCGUUACCAGGUUUUACAGUAAUACAAUAAGGAUAUAAUCCUAUAUCUUAGGGAUUUC